CGCCUUCAGCCAGGAUCAGCCGCCCGUCCGCGCAGCCCCGCCCCGUGGGCGCCACGCCCAGACGCGCUCCCCGGCGCACAUGCGCAGCACUGACAUUUUCAGUGCUUGGGUACACAACCUCUUUCCUUUAAGCGACCGAGGGCCCUCAUUACUUCUUUGACAACUUUUUAAAUCCUCACGACUCUUUCCGGGGAAUUUUUGUUUCUAAUAACUUCAGCAAGUACCCGAAAUUCAUAUCAUUCUGCUUUACCAUCACUGUAGAACCUCGCGCUUCAGUCUGAAGAAGCGGUCUCCUUAGGAGGCGCCACUCGUUAGCGGUGCAGGUCUCACGAAAGCCACCAUUUCUCGCGGUAUUUCCUUGUUUCCAGAAUCCUUAGCGCGAAGCGGAAAAAUACUCAUUUAUCUCAGCUUCUGGUGAUUAACGCUAUUUUUUUUCACCUCGGCGUCUUCCCCAGAAGUCUCAAUUCCUGUUUCUCCCAGGGAAAUGGCGGCCCCUGAGCAGCCGCUACCGAUGCCGAGAGGAUGCCAGGGCUCUGCUUCUCUUUCUCUGCUGCGGGGCGACCGGACCCUUCUAGUGAGGCACCUGCCAGCCGAGCUGACGGCUGAAGAGAAAGAAGACUUGCUGAAGUAUUUCGGGGCACAGUCGGUGCGCGUCCUGUCAGAUAAGGGGCGACUGAAACAUACAGCUUUUGCUACUUUCCCUAAUGAAAAAGCAGCUAUAAAGGCAUUGACAAGACUCCAUCAGCUGAAACUUUUAGGUCAUACUUUAGUUGUUGAAUUUGCAAAAGAGCUAGAUCGAGUUCAUUCCCCAUGUCCCUCUUCGGGCACUGAAAAGAAGAAAAGGUCUGAAGACCCUGUGGAAGAUGAGAAAGAAAAGAAAGAACUUGGUUGUUUAACUAUAGAAAAUGGAAUUGCACCAAACCAUGGGCUGACUUUUCCUCUGAAUUCAUGCCUCAAGUACAUGUAUCCACCACCUUCAAGCACAAUCCUAGCAAACAUAGUAAAUGCUUUAGCAAGUGUGCCUAAGUUCUAUGUACAGGUACUUCAUCUUAUGAAUAAAAUGAAUUUGCCCACACCUUUUGGACAAAUUACUGCACGACCUCCCAUGUAUGAAGACUAUAUGCCAUUACAUGCACCUCUUCCACCUGCGUCUCCUCAGCCACCAGAGGAACCUCCUUUGCCUGAUGAGGAUGAGGAAUUAUCUAAUAAAGAAUCAGAAUAUGAAAGCAGUGAUGAUGAAGACCGACAGAGCUUUCAUAAUAUAAAGAAGUGUCCGUGCUAUGGUGCAUUUAAUACCAUGUUUUUCACAUAUUUCUGCUGUUUGGUGGUGAUUUUGCUGUUUAAAAUGGUCCCCAAGCAUAUGUUGAAGUGCUGUCUGAUGUUUCCAAGAUCAAGAAGGCUGUUAUGUGUCCUAUGGAGAAGAAUGACCAAACUGAUGGAACUAGCAAAUCUUCAGCCUAAAAGACCAAAAACAGUAAAGCAGCACCAUGUGAGAAAAAAGCAAAAAAUAAAGGAUAUGUUGAACACACCAUCUGCUUCACACAGCAAUUUACAUCCAGUACUGUUACCUUCAGAUGUAUUUGACCAACCACAACCUGUAGGUAAUAAAAAAAUUGAAUUCCAUAUAACUACUGACAUGACAACUGAAUUUAAGAAAGAGAUAGAAAAGGAACAAAAUUGUGAUUUGCCUGCUUCUGAAGCUGAUGAAUCCAACAUAGGAUUUGGAAAAAUCUUCCCCAAACCUAAUUUGAACAUCACAGAAGAGACUAAAGAAGACUCUGAUGAAAUGCCAUCAGAAUGUAUUUCUAGAAGGGAGUUGGAAAAGGGCAGAAUUUCUAGAGAAGAAAUGGAAACACUUUCAGUUUUCAGAAGUUAUGAACCUGGUGAACCAAACUGUAGAAUUUAUGUAAAGAAUUUAGCUAAACAUGUUCAAGAGAAGGACCUUAAAUUUAUUUUUGGAAGAUAUGUUGACUUUUCAUCAGAAACACAGCGGAUAAUGUUUGAUAUACGCUUGAUGAAAGAAGGUCGCAUGAAAGGGCAAGCUUUUAUUGGACUUCCAAAUGAAAAAGCAGCUGCAAAAGCUUUAAAGGAAGCUAAUGGAUAUGUUCUUUCUGGAAAGCCUAUGGUGGUUCAAUUUGCUCGAUCUGCUAGACCAAAGCAAGAUUCCAAAGAAGGAAAAAGAAGUGUUAAAAAUUAUUAAAGAAGCAUUCCUGCAUAUUACUGUCAUACAAAGUGUAUCCUUUUGUGUAUCCUUUUGGGAGCAGUGUUUUUUGUUUCUCCUAGAAAUGUUUUGUCCUUCCCUGACUCACUGAUCCAGAUUAAGCAGUGGUUUUUUACCAUUUAUUCAAACGAAAUAUUUCUGAAAUUAUCAGUAUUAAUUGAAUAAAUCUUCAGUGUGUUAUUUAGAUUUGUUGCUGAAUUUCUGUGCUGGCCUCUAGAUUACAUAAUUUUUCCAGAGAAAGUUAGUGAAUCAGGUCAAUUUAUUUAUCUGGAGAAUGUAUGCAUUAGCUUUAACACAGAAUUUAAUCUUGUUUCUUCUCUUUGUUUCCCAAACCUAAUUCAGUAACAUAUACUUUGUUUUAUGAUAUAUCUGGUUAGACGUUCUAUGUAGUGCUGUGUUGUAAAAUUUUAUUGGGAAGAGGAUUUUCUUUCUUUUAAAAGAACAUAUAUUGAAAAUUUAAAUAACUGGAUUUCUAUGUACAUUCUAAAUAAAAGUAGCGGACUGCACAUCUGAGGUCUUAUUAUUGAUAGCCCUUUUAAGAAAGAUAGCAAGUAGAAUAUCUUUUUUCCUCUUUCUUUUUCUAAACAAAGCCAAACAAAGGAAUAAGAAAAGAGUAACCAAGGCAAGAAGACAUGUUGACUCAGGGUAGCACAUAAAGUAAAACAAAAACAAAAACAAAAAACAGUCCUGGCAGGUAUAUGUAAGAACAAUUUCUAUAUUCCAGACUUGUUGAUAACUGGAAUCACCCAGAACAAUGGUUCUCAGUCUUGCCUACCUAUUGGAAUGGCCUGAGAAAUUUUUCAAAAAUUCUGAUUUAAAAUAAUAUACAUACACAUAUAUAUUUAUAUCUAUUUACACACACACAUAAAUAUAUACAUAUGUACAUAUACAAUAUCUAUACAUAGAUUACUCCCAUGAGUUUUUAUUUAAUUGGUCUGGUGUCCAAUAUUGGGAUUUUCCAAACCUCCCAAAGUUUUUAUUCUUAUGUGCAACAAACAUGGAGAAUCACUAGGGAAGUAUUUUUACAAAUAAAGACUCCUGAACUCUGUCCUAGAACUACUAGAUCAGAACCUCUGUCAAUGAGACCAAGAAUCUAAUUUGAAAAGUUUCCCUUAGUGGUUCUAAGAACUGACCAAUUUGGGUACUAGUAUGUUACACUAAAAUUGUUAGGUGCUUAAUACCAACUUAGCCACCCAACCCUUUUAUACAUAGAAAAAUAAAGUGUUGGAAUCUCUAUAUUUCUUUCUUGCAAAUUCUAUUAAUACUAUGAAAACAUUCAAAAUGCUGUUAAUAAUUGUUAUCAUCCUAAGAGUAAAAAGAGAUACUGAAAUUGCUUUUUUUCCUAUAGACAGUUUGUGUUUUAUUAAUUUGUAAAUUAUAAUUUCUGUAAAAAGCUAUUUAGACAGCAGUUAAAAUUUUGUAGUACUGACAUGAUUCACUAAUUUUCUAAAUGUAAAUGUUUUAGCUUUUAGUUAUUUUAAAACUAAUGAACUGUUUUAUAAUUAUUAU